UCCCUCUCUCUGCCAUAACACAUCUGAUGAUACUGCAGAGGGAAUGGAAAAAGCUGUGAUACACUUCAUCAUCCUGGGAGUCAUCUCAGGUUUAACCAGUGGACUUGGUUUGCUGCCUGAUGUUCUGCAUGCAGCUAUAGGAGAGUCAGUGACAUUCACCACGUCACUGACUCCAACAGAAAAACCAUUUCUAACAGUGGGCUGGACAUUUGAUGGUAGAAAUAUAAUCUCGUUUAGUGGCACAAACGCAACUGGCCCAGAGUAUAAAGACAGGAUCACCCUCUUCAUGUCUACUGGAUCUCUGGAGCUCAGAAACGUGGCUCUAAAUGACCACGGAGAAUACAGCGUUAACAUUUUUCCAUUUGGAGAACCACAGAAGACAGGAAGCACAAUUUUGGAUGUACAUGUACGAGUGUCCGAUGUCAUAGCAACUGCCAGCAACACAGACUUGGUGGAGUUCAACAGCUCCGUCCGUCUGUCCUGCUCCGCCUCUGGAUCCUCGCUCUCUUUCCUCUGGCUGAACGGCAGCUCUGAGGUUACAGGAAGUGACAAAGUUCAGCUCGCUGAUGGAGGCGCCAAUCUCACUAUAGUUAACGUGACCCGCUACGACAAAGGACCAUUCAGCUGUCAUGUGUACAAUCCUGUCAGUAAUGGCACCAGUGAACCAAUAAACUUCAACGUCAGCUAUGGUCCAGAAAACCUACAUUUGGAAAUAUCUCCGUUACUAGAACACUAUAAGGAGGGGUCCAAUGUCACCUUGACGUGCUUGGCUGUCUCCAGACCUCCUGCACAAUUUACGUUGCUUCUGAACGGAGGCCUGCAGUCUGACACUGGACCGCAGUUCAAUCUGACGACCAUUCAGGAGAGUCAGAGUGGAAACUACAGCUGUCAGGCCUUCAACAGCAAAACUCUGAGAUAUGAAUCAUCUUCGCCUGCAGUCAUCUCUGUACUGAUACCAGUUUCCAAUUUAACGGCAACUGCCAGCAACACAGACUUGGUGGAGUUCAACAGCUCCGUCCGUCUGUCCUGCUCCGCCUCUGGAUCCUCGCUCUCUUUCCUCUGGCUGAACGGCAGCUCUGAGGUUACAGGAAGUGACAAAGUUCAGCUCGCUGAUGGAGGCGCCAAUCUCACUAUAGUUCACGUGACCCGCUACGACAAAGGACCAUUUAAGUGUCAAGUGUCCAAUCCUGUCAGUAAUGACAUCAGUGAACCGAUAAACUUCAACAUCAGCUACGGACCACAAAAUGUUCGAAUCACAGGGCCGAGUACUAAAUAUUCAAAAGAGAAGUUAACUUUAACCUGCUCUGCUGACUCUAAACCACCUGCCACUUACAUCUGGAGGCUGAAUGGGACAAAGAUACACAACUCUGCUGUGUUCACCAAAAACAACGUUGAACGCUCCGACAGUGGCAGCUACACCUGUGAAGCGAUGAAUAUGAUAACUGGGGAAAAAAUCAUCUGCAGUCCAUAAACUGUCUGUAACAGACAAGGAAUCAGGAGGUCUUUCAGAUGGAGCCAUUGCUGGAAUAGUUAUCGCAUGUUUAGUUGUCGCUGCAGGAGCUGCUGGAGGAUACUAUAUUUAUAAAAAAAAAAGCGCAGAACGAGGAGAAUGCAGCAGAACAUGAAAACACACAAACUCAGUGAUGUUUUCUCCCAUUUAAGCAGGUGAUCUGAAAAUGAGCUAAACUGUGACAUCAUACAUAUCCAACCUGAAGACAACGUUGAUAAAUGUAAAUUGUAAUGUUUUAUUAUUCUUUGAAUGUCAUGUUUGGCAAUGCAGUGUCACUUAACAGUAGCUGAAUUACCGUUUUACUUAUGAAACAAGCUUACAACUGCAAUAAUUUUGCUUGGGGCAGAAGAUGACAAACGGCAGCACGUACAUAUUAGUACCUUAUCGCCUAUUAUUACAGUGAGAAAUCAGCUUUAACUCGGCCCCAUUGUCGCAGAUACCUGAGGAAGCUAUUUUACUAUCACAGUUUAAGCCCGAUAUCCAAUCAGAGUGCAUAUUGAUAUCAAUGCAUCCCUACUUUUUAAUAAUCGCUAUUAAUUAGAAUUAUUGUCAAAAAUGACAGUGACAAACAGCUAGCAUGUUGCAUUUGUGUAAAUGAUAAAUGUAAUAAAUGUCCAUUUGCAUAAAAUGAUAGUACGAAUCUCCUGUGUGUCUUUUCAUACCUGGAUCUUAUUUUUUUGUUUUUUGACUGUCUUGUCCUAAUAAAUGUGAGCCUCCAACA